AUGAAGGACAUAAAACCGAGCGCCCAACAUGUCGAGGACGAUGUCGAUGUGCACCUUGACAUGGACAACGUCGUCCACGAUGCCAAAAUCGCGACCGAGAAGGAACAUAAUAUGAGUCUGUGGAGGGGUUUGAAGCUCUACCCCAAGGCUGUUGGAUGGUCGAUUCUCAUCUCCACUGCCAUCAUCAUGGAAGGUUAUGACGUUGUUCUGAUGGGCUCUUUCUACGGGUACCCGGCGUUCAACAAGAAAUAUGGCCAUCUCAUGUCGAACGGUUCCUACGGUCUCUCUGCCGCGUGGCAGUCAGGCCUAUCCAACGCCAUGAACUGCGGACAGAUCCUGGGCCUCUUUAUAAACGGAAUAUUGUCGGAAAGGUUCGGAUACCGCCGGACGAUGAUGGGAUCGCUCAUCGCUACUACCGCCUUUAUCUUCAUUCUUUUCUUUGCACACAAUGUACAGACUCUCCUCGUCGGCGAGAUCCUAAUGGGCAUUCCACUUGGUGUUUAUCAAACCCUCAGUGUCACAUAUGCCUCGGAAGUCUGCCCGGUUGCUCUCCGUGCCUAUCUCACGACCUACGUCAAUCUCUGUUGGGUUAUCGGUCAGCUUAUUGCCUCUGGUAUAUUAAAAGGCCUGGCUGGACGGACAGACCAGUGGGCGUACCGUAUCCCCUUUGCUAUCCAGUGGAUCUGGCCAGUGCCCAUCUUUAUUGGUGUCGUUCUAGCGCCAGAAAGCCCAUGGUGGCUGGUUCGGAAGGGUCGAACUGAGGACGCUGUCAACGCCCUUAUACGGCUGACCUCCAAGGUGGACGAGGAUUUCGAUGCGCGCGAGACAGUGGCAAUGAUGGUCCAUACCAAUGAAAUGGAAAAAGAGAUUACUUCUGGCACAUCCUACUGGGACUGUUUCCGUGGUCAUGAUUUACGCCGUACGGAGGUAUCAUGCUUGAUAUGGGCAGCUCAGAACCUGUGUGGUUCUGGUUUGAUGGCCUACUCUACAGUCUUCUAUCAGCGCGCUGGACUUGCUGUGUCACAGUCCUUCAACAUGUCUCUGGGGCAGUAUGCAAUUGGAUGUGUCGGCACAGUUUUGUCUUGGGUUCUUAUGUCAUACUUCGGCCGCCGAACCUUGUACGUUUAUGGCCUGGUCAUACUGUGCACCCUACUCCUUAUCGUGGGCUUUAUAUCCGUGGCUCCCGAGAGCUCUGCAACCUCAUGGGCGACCGGCUCAAUGUUGCUCGUAUAUACUUUCUUUUACGACUCGACCGUUGGACCGGUCUGCUACUCUUUAGUUUCCGAGAUACCGACUACCCGGCUCCGUAUCAAGACUGUUGUCCUCUCCCGGAAUUUGUACAACUGCUUCAGCAUUGUGAAUGGCGUUAUUAUCCCGUAUAUGUUGAAUGUUGAUGCUUGGAACUGGCGCGGCAAGGCAGGAUUCUUUUGGGGUGGCCUUGCUCUCAUUUGCUGUGUUUGGUCCUACUUUCGAGUUCCUGAACCACGUGGCCGCACCUAUGCUGAGAUGGAUGCUCUCUUCGAGCAGAAGGUGCCUGCGCGGAAGUUUGCAUCUACAAAUGUUGACCUAUUCCACGAUGACACGGCUGCGAAUAAGGAAGUAAAGUCGACCUCACCGCGUCCGUGA